ACGUCAGCCAUACAAAAACAUUUUUAUACGAUCAACAAUGCCUUUUACGAAACCUGUAGUUGUUAUCGACAACGGCAGUUACAACAUCAAAGCUGGGUUUGCCUGCGACAACCAUCCUGUCUCUAUCUUCAGGACUGCUGUUGGUAGACCGAAGUUUUUGAAGGGGACCUAUGGAAGGACCCCGUAUGAAGUGUAUGUUGGUGAAGAUGCUGUGGCAAGGGUUGAUGAGCUGGACUUGAAUUAUCCUGUAGUGAAGGGGAGGAUUACUCAUUGGGAUGACAUGGAGAGGGUGUGGCAUCAUAUUUACUAUAGAGAGCUGAAGGCAGCUCCGGAGGAUAGGGCGGUGCUUCUGUCUUGUGCUCCGGCUACUACCAUGAAAGAUAAAAUAAAAUGCUGCGAAAUUUUUUUCGACACUCUGAAUGCGCCGGAGUUGUGCAUCAAGCAGCAGAGCGUGUUGGCGAUCUUCGGGUCAGGUCACACCACGGGACUGUCGGUAGACCUGGGGCAUGACAUCACAGAGAUCAACCCUAUCUACGAAGGAGGCGCCGUGAACUACGCCAACAUGCUCUCUAACAUCGCCGGGGAAGAAGUCUCUGACUACAUAAGAGAAUCUUUCAGGAAGCGACAGCUAGACUUAGGCAAAGACAUGGAGAGCGUGAUCAGUCAUAUAAGAAAAGAAUGCUCUUACGUAACGGAGAACGUUGCCUGUACACGGCAAGAUUAUACGAAGAAGUAUAAACUGCCUUGUGGGACUGAAAUAGAUGUUAGUGAAGAGGCUUUUAUGGCUGGUGAGCUGUUCUUCCAGCCAGACUUGGUGUUGGACAGGAAACUAGAAGGGUUUUCUCUCCCCGAUGCCAUUAUGACUGCAACAUUGAAAUGUGAUAACGAAGUGCAAGAUGAGUUGUACAAUGCUGUUGUCAUUCAUGGAGGCAUGGCUAACAUUAGGGGUAUGCAUAAGCGGCUUACCACUGAACUUUCUUCGAGAUCUGGUAAACAGGUUAACGUUUUAUAUUCUUCGGAACCUUAUGCAGUGCCGUGGCUGGGAGGAGCAGUGUUUGCAGGAAUGGAAGGCUGCGGCAAGGUGUGGGUUCUUAAGAGAGAGUUUGAGGAACAAGGGGAGAGAAUUGUUAAAAACAGGUUUUGAAAUUUUUCCUAAACGUAGAGUAUCUUAUAGUAAGGUGGGACAGCCUUUAAUCACUUCAUGAGGUUAUAUGGAGACUAGAAUAGAACCCAGCUUCAACGACGGUUGUUUCAUGUUUUUGAGUUAAAAGAAUUGAAUUAUUUGCGAGUUAUUUCACUUUAAUGUGUUAUGGAUUUACAGGGUUUUGCUAGUGGUAUUUUAAUUUAUAGUGACAUAAUAUUUUUUGGAAUAAUUGUCUGAAUAUCAAACGUAAACAUUUUUAUAGAAUAUCAAAAUUGUAUAACAAAAUUAGAUAUACAUUUAAAUUAAAAUGUACUUCGAGCUAGGUUCAAAGUUUGGUAAAUCCGUUUCUAUAUGCGUUUCAUAGUUUUUAUUUGGGUUUCAUCAUUUUCAUGUUUUAUAACUUCUUUGAUAAAAUUCUUAAUCUUUGUACACUAGUUUUUAUAUUCCAUUACAUAGUUGUUUACUUCGUACUUUUUAAUUUAUUUUAGAUAUAAUUAUAUUAUUUUAGAUAUAACAAUUUUCUUGCUAAUUUAACUUUAUUUGAUAGAUUUUCACGUGUUGCUGUUUUUGCGAAAAAU